UCGGCUGGAGGGCUGGCGGGGGGAGUAACCGUGGGUCCGCAGCGGAGAGGCGCCUAGGGCGGGCCGCGGCGACUCUCGAGGGCUUGUUCCGCAGUGUCGCCCAACCCCAGCAGGCUCUGGCGUAUUCUCCGCAGCUUUUGGCGCCCCAGCAGUACCAGCCGGCGCACUCGCAGCCCGUGCGGUUACCCCUUCCUCAGGCGCCGGCGCCGGCGUUCCCUCCCCGCAGUGUGGCAGCGCUCCCGCUCCUCGACAGCCCGCACCUCUUGGCGUCCCUUCCCUCCGCACCACCUCCGCCGGUCCUUCCCUCGGCCGGUCCCUUCGAUCCGCGUCGGUUGGACGUGCGGUCCGCGGAGACACUGCAGCCCUGGCAGCCGACGCCCCCGGAUGUGUCGGUGGUAGGAUGGUCCCGUGGCCCACCGCCGUUGGAGGCACCAGUAUCGUUCGGCGGGCGGGCGACAGCGCCCUUUGUCCCCCCCCGCCGUUCGCUGGCGUCACCGACUGGAGUUGAGGGGGGGGCAGAAGCAGCGGAGAUGGGGGGAGCGGAAUCCACGGGCGAGGACUCGCCUCCUGGGGACCAGGGGUGGCGUCGCUCGGGUGGGCUGCGGAUGCCGCCGAGGGCGCAGCUGGAGCGCCUGCGGGGGAGGGGGCGGCUGGCGGAGACUGCGAUCCCAGUCGCCACGCUUCGUCGGCUCUGGCACGCGCAGAGGGCGAUGGGGUAUGCUGUGGAGAUGCUGACGGACUCACACUCCGUUCUACGGAGCUCAGUGAGCCCGUGCAAGAUGCCUCACGAUCCGCUCCAUCGCUGCGCGAUGGCUGCAGCGGAUCUGGCGGUCGUGUCCACGCGAGUGCAGCCUGCGCCCGCCUCGGGAACCGUGUUGGACCCGCGCCUGCUCGCCGUGAUGCGGACAGUAUCGGCGAGCGUAGACUCGGCUGCAGCUGUAGACAUCGUUGGCGGUGCCGUGUCAGCGCUGAUGCUCCUGGGGGACUAUGUGAGGGCCCUGCUUGAGGAGGCUGGAGCGGACGAAGCCGCAUGAUGGGCUGCCGUCGUGUGUAGGUUCUGGUUGGUGAAGUGCGCUCUAGCGUGAGCGCUCUGGUAAGCUCUGUCAGGCUCUCCAUGCUUGUUUGCCGUGUGUAGUGUUGGCGGGUUGUAGACCCCGGAUGUGUGUAUUUGAUGUUGUCGUAGUUGACUCCGAAGCCUUGUGUCCUUGCCGCCCCUCACGCGCGGCCGAAGGCCGCGCUGCGAGCGUCGGCGGCCGAAGGCCGCCGACGCGAGCCGCCACCAAGGGUUGGAGAAAAGAAAGAACUGGAAACUAAACUGGAAGAAUGAGCUAGGGAGAGAGCUUAAAUAGCUAGGGAGGGACUCAUGCUCUCUCUCUCUCUCUCUCGCUCUCUCUCUCCUCUCUCCCGCCACCAAGGGUUGGAGAAAAGAAAGAACUGGAAACUAAACUGGAAGAAUGAGCUAGGGAGAGAGCUUAAAUAGCUAGGGAGGGACUCAUGCUCUCUCUCUCUCUCUCUCUCGCUCUCUCUCUCCUCUCUCCCGCCACCAAGGGUUGGAGAAAAGAAAGAACUGGAAACUAAACUGGAAGAAUGAGCUAGGGAGAGAGCUUAAAUAGCUAGGGAGGGACUCAU